AUGGCACUUUCUCGUUCUUCUUCUCCUGCUUCACCUUUAGGACCUGAUCUUAAUAAAUCAAAUUCUGAGACUAAAUCCUCAAUUCCCGCUAUAUCAGUUCCGAGUGAACGACUCUUUUGGAUGCUGCAUAUAUUUACCAUGUUUCCACCUUUAGAACAAUAA